CAUCAGCAGAUAAACUGCUUUCUCUCCGUCUCGAAGUGUAAUCUGCCGAGUGGCAAUUGGAGAUUCGGGAGAAGUUUAGCGGCUCCGGUUCUUCGGUGGGAAAGGGGGAAAUCCUAUUUAUAAGCCAGACCAUCGCUGUCAGAGUCCUCGCUGACGCUCAUGAAUCUCUGGAUUUCCAGCUUGGCUCCCGCGGUGCCCGCCAGCUCUCACCGAGUGGAAUUUCUCUCGGGUCUUGCACCGUUCCUCAGCUGCCUGCCGAGAGCGCCUCCGACCUGGCUCUCAGCUGACGGGGAAAGGAAUCCGCCUCACCUUUUGUGUAGAAAGUUCCUUACGUUCCUCCGUCCCGACGCUUUUACAGGAUUGAGUUUUCGGGGAUGGGCUUCUGCCAGAGAGAGCUUUCGGGUUCUGUGGUUUGGUAUUGAUGCGGUUGUGUGUUUUACUGAUCUAAACCUUGAUUUAGGCUAUUAUCUAAUAGCAAGGAAACCUAUUUUGAGACUCUUGGCCCGAAAGCGGUACAAGAAGCAGAAACGCCCCCCAGCCCUGAAGGAGAAAAUGAAGAAGCUGUUACAAGACUUGCCGGAUGAACCCUCGGUGAGCCAAGGGCCGCCCACUCAGCUCUCCCCGGGGGCACCUAGUGGGGAUGUGUUAAUUGGGGACCUCGAGAGCGGGCGGCCGAGUCCCGCAGACCCCGCCGCCCCCGAAGUCGCCUCUCCCCGGGAGAGCAGCCGGGACUCCGGGGAAGGCAAGCCAGCGUGCUGCGGGGAGGUGCGACGGAACUGCGACGGCCGCGACCGGGGGUCUUGCUCCGGGCAGGAGGCUUCGCUGGGUUUGCCGGAGGACUGCCCUGCCAAAGGGCACAUGGGUCCGUCCCCGAUUCCGGGCCAGGCCAAGGACGCCCCUGUGUCUGGCCCCCGGGACCGCUCCGCCCUCAGCGUUGCCCCGGGCUGGAGAGAGAGCCCGGAGCGGUCGGGGCUCUCUUGUCGGAACGGGGACCGGGCCUACGAGGGCAGCGGGCUGAGGCGGCGAGAGCCGGGGGAGGAUGUGGUGGAGUCCAUCAUCAAGGAGCUGCAGGGGAUCAGCCAGAUCCAAACGGAAAUCGCCGAGCUCCGACGGCAUCUGGGCUCCAUCAGAGGCUCGGUGGACGAGGUGUUGAGCUGCGUGGACUCGGUCCUCAGUGAGAUCGAGGGCCUGCAGCUGGCCGGCGGCUCCAAGGCCCAGGAGCCUCCGGUGGCGACGGCCGGGGAGUCCCGCCGGGGGGCUCUCGGCGAGGAAGCCGUCCUGUACUUCUACGGCCUCCCGGAACGGGACGGGGAGAACACGGUGGAUCUCAUUUACCGCUUUCUGGCCGAGCACCAGUGCGUCAACGGCGUCCAGUGCAACAAAUACAUCAAGGACGCCUACCGGUCCAGCCCGACGAGAGGCAAGGCCCCCAGGCCGGCGGUGGUGACGCUCGUGCGGCCCGAGCAGAGAGACUUUAUCCUACAGAGAUCGAUUCUCCUGCAACGGUUAGGGGUCAAGAUCGCCACCCGUGAAGAGCCGUUGGGCUCCUUCCUGCAGCAGAAGCUCCGGGAGCAUCGCCAGUGCUCACGGGGUCUUGACGGCGAUGGAGGGGUUCUCUGCGCGGGCUCGGAGACCGGGGGGCGCCGCGCAGAGACCAUUCAGAUCCGGGACCGGGAGGGAUGUCCGAACCCCCCGAGCCUCACGGAGGAGCUGGGCUUUGCCCCAAAAGGCAGCUGGGUCGAGGGAGGGGCAGCGGUGCCCAAGCCCGGGGAGAGGCCGGGGCAGACGGACCAGUCCGUCGGGGACGGCCGGCGGGGACCGACGCCGCCCUCCGGUGAACCUGCUCCCUCCACUCUGUGCGAGUCCAAGCAAGCUCCCUCGGGGUCGAUCCCGAACGAGGGAAAAUCGGGGGAAUCCCAGGGGUUCCUCGACCGGGCCGGCCGCCAGCCGGCCCCGGAUGGACCAGGAGGCGGAGAGGUCGGCCCCGGCCCCGGAAACGGGACUGCCGCGGGCGUCCCUCCUGCCUGGGACCCGAGGGCCGAGGGAGAGCACGCGGAAGAGAGCGAUUCCCAAGACCGCGGGCCUGGCCUGGAGAUCCUGAGCGUGGACCAGCUCAAUACCCUUCUGGAAGACCGGGACGGUAGGCCGACGGCUUUGAGCCACGACAGCGGGCUAGAUCACGUGACCGUGGCAACGGAGAGUUACGAAGACCUGGUGUCCGUCGACCUGAAGGAGGAGGAGCCGGCUGGGCAGCUCCUUCUCGACGUCUUAGAAGACUCCCCGUAUUUCCUGGAGCCCUUGCAGGGCAAUGUGGACGGAGCGGAUGUAAAGUUCUAUACGAGUAAGCUCGGAAAGGCAAUUCACCAGGUUAGGUCUGUCCUGCAGGGCGUGUUUCAGAGGCUGGAGAGCACCGACCCGCUCAGCCCGGACGACGCCAGCAACUGCCGGACCGACGGCGGCGCCAGGCUGCGAGAGGCCGGCCCCGCGGGGCAGGCCGACAGCAGGACGGGGAGCCCUUCCAGCCAGUGGAGCGAGAGCCUGGUCAGCGAGGCUGCCGACGGCGAAGCGGCCCCCGCCGGGCAGAGAGAGCAGAUGCCCCUUGACCCCGGCGACCCGUCUCCGGCCUCCCGCGGCUCCCCUCUCCCUUGUUCCGGGCCGCGUUCGAAUCCCGCUGUUUGUGCCCGGCCCGCUUGGGACCCGGCCGUCGACGCAGAGCGGUCCAAGGACGACGGGCUGAGCCUGGAACAGGUGUGUGUGGAAACCAUCUACCUCAGCAAGUGCAUCAACAACUUCAAAAGCCUCCUGAGAGAGAAGAGGCUGAUGCAGAAGAGACUCUUACAAGACUCGGCGUCGGAAGCUGAAGAACCGUAUCCAGAGGGCCCCGGAAGAGACCUGCAGGUCCCCGAUGACGGUGACCCAUCGAAGCAGCCGUGGCUCCAGGGCGGGCCGGCCAACGGUCUCUAUGGCAUCGACAGCAUGCCUGAUCUUCGCAAAAGGAAACCACUUCCACUGGUCAGCGACCUGGCGAUGUGCCUGGUCCAGUCGCGAAAGGCUGGCGUCACCUCUGCCAUGGCUACGCGCACUUCUCUCAAGGACGAAGACCUGAAAUCCCACGUGUACAAGAAGACUCUACAAGCCCUGAUCUACCCCAUCUCCUGCACCACACCCCACAACUUCGAAGUGUGGACGGCCACCACCCCCACCUACUGCUACGAGUGCGAGGGACUCCUUUGGGGCAUCGCCCGCCAAGGCAUGCGCUGUUCCGAAUGUGGCGUUAAGUGCCACGAGAAGUGCCAGGACCUGCUCAACGCCGACUGCCUCCAACGAGCGGCAGAGAAGAGCUCUAAGCACGGGGCCGAGGACCGGACCCAGAACAUCAUCAUGGCCAUGAAGGAUCGCAUGAAGAUCCGGGAGCGGAAUAAGCCAGAGAUCUUCGACGUGAUCCGUGACGUAUUCACCGUGGGCAAGGUGGCCCACGCCCAGCAGAUGAAGACGGUGAAGCAGAGUGUGCUAGAUGGUACCUCCAAAUGGUCAGCAAAGAUCACCAUCACGGUGGUAUGUGCUCAAGGCCUGCAGGCCAAAGACAAAACCGGCUCCAGCGACCCAUACGUCACCGUCCAAGUCGGAAAAACCAAGAAAAGGACAAAGACCAUUUUUGGAAACCUGAAUCCAGUUUGGGAAGAGAAGUUUCAUUUCGAGUGCCAUAACUCCUCCGACCGGAUCAAGGUGCGGGUCUGGGACGAGGACGACGACAUCAAGUCGCGGGUGAAGCAGAGGCUGAAGCGCGAGUCGGACGACUUCCUGGGGCAGACCAUCAUCGAGGUGCGGACGCUGAGCGGGGAGAUGGACGUCUGGUACAAUCUUGAGAAGAGAACAGAUAAAUCGGCUGUCUCGGGAGCCAUCCGGUUGCAGAUCAGCGUGGAGAUCAAGGGGGAGGAGAAGGUGGCACCGUAUCACGUCCAGUACACCUGCCUUCAUGAGAACCUCUUCCACCACCUCACGGACAUCCAGGGCAACGGCGGGGUCAAGAUUCCGGAGGCCAAAGGAGAUGACGCGUGGAAAGUGUAUUUUGAUGAAACGGCCCAGGAGAUCGUCGAUGAGUUUGCCAUGCGCUACGGCAUCGAGUCCAUCUACCAGGCCAUGACGCAUUUUGCGUGUCUCUCCUCCAAGUACAUGUGUCCCGGGGUGCCGGCUGUGAUGAGCACCCUGCUGGCCAACAUCAAUGCCUACUAUGCCCACACUACCGCCUCCACCAACGUCUCUGCCUCCGACCGCUUUGCCGCCUCCAACUUUGGUAAGGAGAGAUUUGUGAAACUGCUGGACCAGCUGCACAACUCCUUACGCAUUGACCUCUCCAUGUACCGGAACAACUUUCCAGCCAGCAGCCCAGAGAGGCUGCAGGAUCUGAAGUCCACCGUAGAUCUGCUGACCAGCAUCACUUUUUUCAGGAUGAAGGUCCAAGAGCUGCAGAGCCCACCCCGUGCCAGCCAGGUAGUGAAGGACUGCGUGAAGGCCUGCCUGAACUCCACCUACGAGUACAUCUUCAAUAACUGCCACGAGCUCUACAGCCGCGAGUAUCAGACUAAAAAGCAGGAUCUGCCACCAGAGGACCAAGGCCCCAGCAUCAAAAACCUGGAUUUCUGGCCCCAGCUCAUUACCUUGGUCGUGUCUAUCAUCGAGGAGGACAGGAAUUCGUACACCCCCGUCCUGAACCAAUUCCCACAGGAGCUGAGUGUGGGGAAGAUCAGCGCGGAGGUCAUGUGGGGCCUCUUUGCGCAGGACAUGAAAUACGCCAUGGAAGAGCACGAGAGGCACCGGUUGUGUCGGAGCGCUGACUACAUGAACCUGCACUUCAAGGUCAAGUGGCUGUACAACGAGUACGUGCACGACCUGCCCUCGGCCCAGACCCGCGUGCCUGACUAUCCCACGUGGUUUGAGCAGUUUGUGAUGCAGUGGCUGGAGGAGAAUGAGGAGGUGGCCCUGGAGUUCCUGCAUGGCGCGCUGGAGAGAGACAAGAAGGAUGGGUUCCAGCAGACGUCCGAGCACGCCCUCUUCUCCUGCUCGGUGGUGGACGUCUUCACUCAGCUCAACCAGAGCUUUGAGAUCAUCAAGAAGCUGGAGUGUCCCGACCCAGCCAUCGUCUCCCGUUACAUGAGGCGAUUUGCCAAGACCAUCGGGAAGGUGCUGAUUCAGUAUGCGGAUAUCCUGACGGCGACAUUCCAGUCCUACUGCUCCAAGGAGAAGCUGCCCUGCAUCCUGAUGAACAAUAUCCAACAACUGCGGGUGCAGCUCGAGAAGAUGUUUGAGGCCAUGGGGGCGAAGGAGCUGGACGCUGAGGCGGGAGACAACCUCAAAGAGCUGCAGGUGAAGCUCAACACGGUUCUGGAUGAACUCAGCACGGUGUUUGGGAACAGCUUCCAGGCCCGGAUUGACGAAUGCGUCCGACAGAUGGCUGACAUCUUGGGCCAGGUCAAGGGGACGGGGAACGUUGCCGCCGGUUCUAGGAACACGGUCGCUCAAGAUGCGGACAACGUGCUGCGACCGCUCAUGGACUUCUUGGACGGCAAUCUCACUCUCUUCGCCGCCGUGUGUGAGAAGACGGUGCUGAAGCGCGUCCUGAAGGAGCUGUGGCGUGUGGUGAUGGACACCAUGGAGAAGAUGAUUGUUCUGCCUCCCCUCUCUGACCAGACGGGCACCCAACUGAUUUUCUCAGCUGCCAAGGAGUUGGGCCAUCUCUCCAAGCUCAAGGAUCACAUGGUACGGGAGGAGACUCGGAGCCUGACCCCAAAGCAGUGUGCUGUCCUGGAUCUCGCCCUGGACACCAUCAAGCAAUACUUCCACGCCGGCGGCAAUGGCCUGAAGAAAACCUUCUUGGAGAAGAGCCCCAACCUGCAGUCCCUUCGCUACGCUCUGUCCCUCUACACCCAGACCACCGACACGCUCAUCAAGACCUUCGUGCAGUCCCAGACCGCCCAGGUGCACGAUGGGAAGGGUAUUAGGUUUAAUGUCAGUGAAGACGUGCACCCGGAGAAGGGGUCCGGAGUGGAGGACCCUGUGGGAGAAGUGUCCAUCCAGGUCGAUCUCUUCACUCAUCCAGGCACGGGGGAGCACAAGGUCACCGUGAAAGUGGUGGCCGCCAAUGAUCUCAAGUGGCAGACGACGGGCAUGUUCCGGCCCUUCGUGGAAGUGACCAUGAUCGGGCCGCACCAGGGCGACAAGAAACGCAAGUUCACGACCAAGUCCAAGAGCAACACCUGGGCCCCCAAAUACAACGAGACUUUCCACUUCAUCCUGGGAAACGAGGACGGACCAGAUGCCUACGAGCUCCAGGUGUGCGUCAAGGACUACUGUUUCGCCCGGGAAGACCGCGUGCUGGGGCUGGCCGUGAUGCAGCUGAGGGAGAUGGCGGACAAGGGCAGCUGUGCCUGCUGGUGCCCGCUGGGCCGCCGCAUCCACAUGGAUGAGACUGGCCUGACGGUGCUGCGCAUCCUGUCGCAGAGAACCAACGACGAGGUGGCCAGGGAGUUUGUCAAGCUCAAGUCGGACUCCCGCUCUGCGGAGGAGGGGAGCUGAGGGGAGGCCUCCCCUAACCCCCCGGCCCCCCGGGCCACCGCCGGCUCAGCACUCUCCGGAAGGGCAGAACGCGGGCAGUUCGGCUGCCACCUACGUCCCUUUUCUAGGUGGGCGGGGGUGGGGCACCAGCCAACCCGAUGAGAGUCAUUUGCCGGGCUGCCGGAGUUGGCGAAAUCUCUAACCCUUACCUGUGGUCGUGGUGCGGAAACUCCACAGGGCUUGGACCAGGCUCCGUGUAUACACAUCCGCGCUCCAACACACACUCACUGACC